GUUCAAGUCAAUAUUUACCCCCAAGACCUCUCCUGAGCAGCGAAGAACGUGUGUCACACCUACAACAGCGUUGUCGUCUCCAUGGCAAGCGAUCAUGGUCAAGCCUUUCGUUAGAAGAGAAGCAAGCGACUGGUCGACAGAUGAUAGUCGACGAUAGGCACCAAAUUCUAUAUUGUUUCUUCCCCAAGGUAGCGUGUUCGAACUGGAAGAGAGUGUUCUCAGUCCUGGCAGGAGAAGCUCUGGCAGCUAGUUCGAUCAAGAAAGUCGAUCAUCAAAAAUUCGCUUUUUUGACUGAUUAUUCACCGUUUGGCAUCGAACGGCGAUUGAGAACAUACUACAAGUUCUUGUUCGUUCGGGAGCCACUAGAACGUCUGGUUUCUGCUUACAAAGACAAGUUUCUUAGGUACAGAGAGUACUUUGUUAAGCGCUGGGGCUCUCAGAUUAUCAAGAAGUUUCGUAAGAAGUCAAAGCAUCAAAGGAGUUAUAUCGACGAAGAUGUACCAACUAUCACGGAAUUUUUCAAAUACCUCAGCACCUCAAAACCUCUUAAAAUGGACAUGCAUUGGAUGCCUUAUCAGGAGUUGUCCCAGCCAUGCGCAGUAAACUACGACUUCAUCGGUUCUUUUGACACAUUAGCACAAGAUGCUAAACGGGUUCUCCACCAUUUACAAGUUGAUGAUAAAGUAAAAUUCCCCACAAAACAGUCCUUUUAUUAUGAAUAUACUAACCAAACCUCGUUUGAUCACCUGAUAAAUCAGGUCCCAAAACCAGUGUUAAGAGCUGUUGUAAGAAAGUACAUCAAAGACUAUGAUCUCUUUUCGUUCCCGUUACCAGAAUUUUAAAAAACCUGUUACACUAUAUAUUUAAUGCAUAUUUGAUGCAUGCGCAUGACAAAAAUUAGCUUGUGCGCACCGCAAAAAAAUAAAAUAAAAAAAGAAGAAAAAAAAAAGCUUGUGCGCACCGCAAAUGUUGAAUAGAUAUAUAGAAGACUUUAUUUACCAAAGGUUGCACGAAAUAGCUACGAAAAUUAUAAACCCGAUUGAUUUACUAAUUGCAAAAAUAAUCUAAAGCUAUAGCGGGAUGUAAAAAAGAGUCAGUACAAGUUAUGCAUAUUAAAUAUGCCUCUAUUAAACUCUUAGAAAUGUU